AUGAGAGUAACGACCAGGCAGACGAACUUGCGGCCGAGAGGGAUGCGAACCUCAAGGUGUUGGAGCAGGUGGUGGGCAAAGCUACCCUGGACCAGUUUACUCAGAAGAUCAAGAGAAACACCAAGCACAUCGUUGACAUGAACUCUGUUCGCUUCGACCCCACCAAAGUGUCCACGCCCAACCCACCGACGGACAGAGCAGAGCGGAGAAAGGUUCCGACGUCCACCGUUCAUGUGGAACACGACAUGAACGAGAGGCGCUUCGAUCCCACGACCUUCAGCGGCCCGUCUGUUCACAGAGGAACUGACGUAACCCCGCAGAAACUGAGGACACGAGAUGCUGCGAGUUGUGAGACAUCGCCCACCGCGUCACAGACGUCGCAGAGCCACAAGGGGGAGCAACUGAAGCACAAACAGCUCAAUGAGGAAGGGUCGGGCCAUUCUUCAUCGUCUGACGAUAACGAUGAGGAGGAAGAGAAAGACACGGGAAAAGUUGACAGCUCUAAGAAGUCACUCCCAGGUCCCGCGACUAAAGCAAAGAAGACAAAGUCCAAGAAGGUCAAGGUCACAGAGAAGCCGAGCGGUGUGGAGACAUCAGCGAAGUCAAAGGCCGUGUUGUCGUCGUCGCUGCUCAAUCUGUUCAAGAAGAAAGACGACUCGGAGGAGGGGGGGACCGGAGGGUUUUCCUUGCUGGAUCAGUUUGACCGGUCGGGACCGGACGUCAGGUCGGGCGUGGUGAAGGCUGGAGAGAAAGGUCGUGCCAGCAGUCAGGGUGCCACAGCUCCCCUCUCCGGUCUGCUCAGGCCCCCGGCCACAGGAUCUGCCGUGUCGUCUUCUGCCACGGGUGGGACUACAGUGACGGAGGAGAGCAGCGACGACUCGGGAGAUGAAGAGGAUGAUGACUCUAGUGAUGAAAGUGGAAAUGUUGUGGAGACAAAGGACGAUGAAGACAGUGAUGAAGAGGAUGAUGACGAUGAAAGUGACAGCGAUGAUGCUGACCUCAGCAAAGAUGAUGACAGGGGGCCGUCUAGUCAAACACGUCCAUCGACUUUCGAUCUGCUGAGUAAAAAGGAUGAGAGCGACGGAGAGAGUGGCGAAGACGAUGAAGAAGUGGAGCCUAUGGCAGAUGAUGAGGCAGGGAUGGAAUGUGACGACGGGAUUGGGGCAGAGCUGAAAAACGCAGGUGGCGUGGACGUCAGGUUCAACAAAGACAAGUGGAUGGAGAGAUGGAACGAGAUCAGACCGGUGCUUGUGAAGAUGUACAAGAAGAAGCACAAAGAUGCGGUCAAGAGCAGGAGAGCCCAGAGUGAGAUGAAGCGCAGGAAGGAGUUCUCCAAGAACGCCAAGAAAAACGCCUGGUUUCGACGCAAAAGAUGACAUAUUUCUGUGAAAUCUGUAGAUUCGAAUCACUUCAUUUUGCCUGUCAUGGAAGAAGUAAACGUGUUCAGACUGCUACA